AUGGCCACCCACACCGCAAAGCGUCCCCGCCUCGCCGUCCUCUCCCCCAACACCCCCCGACCCGGCAGCGACAACACCGACGACGCCCUCUUCCACAAGCUGCCCGCGGCCCUCACCGCCCCAGCCACACCGUCCACCUCCACCGUCGCAUUCUCCUCCUCCCCCAGGCGCCACAAUGCCCUCGCCUCUUCCUCCCCCACCCGCCACGCACGCUUCGCACCCUACAGCGACGCGUCGACAUGUGCCCCGGCCGACCAUGAACUCACCCUCCAGACUGGCACCAGCUUCAUUUUCGGGCGUCAUCACGUCCGCAACGCGUCGGUGAAGAAGAAGAGCGUGUCUAUCGAGUCUGUCAUCCCUCGCCGUCUGGCGCAUCUGGUAGGUAACCCGGAGAAUGCGGUGGAGACCAUCACACUCCCCCGUGAAGCGCACCACGCGUCGCGCGUCCAUGCACUCGUCGAGCUCGUACUGCCUCUCUCGCAGAACCGCGACAAGAUCCUACGCGUCCUCGUUGUUGGCCAGAACGGUAUGCGCAUAAAGGCACCCCGUGGGAUGUCACCUACGCCAGGCAAGAACGGGAGAAAGGGUGUGAAGCUGGUGCAAGGCCAGAGGUUUGAGGUCGCUUUGGCUCGUGGACAAGUGGUAGAGUUGAAUUUCGGCAAAGUCAAGGUGGCUGUCAAGAUGGAAGGCGAUGUCGAGCCUGCAUACUCGAGCCCUGUCCGGGCUCCUCGACUCAGCUCAGCUCUCCCCAGCUCGCUGCCUCCAUCGAGUCCGCCUAUCGUCAACGUCGACCUUGACGAUGAAGUCGACGUCUCACCCCGUGAACGCACCUCCCUCGAAAGCUCCCCCGAACCCCCUCUCUUCCCCCGCUCUUCCCCUCUCCCAACUACCACUACGAAACCGACAUUUACCCUCCCCUCCUCUCGCGAAUCAUCCCCCCUCUCCCCCGUCUCCCAACGCUCCAACCUCUCCCCCGCGCCCGAACCAUCCUCCCCGGCUCAAAUGUCUUCCCCUGCUUUGCCAUCUUCACCCUAUCACGAUGACUAUGACUCGCAUGAAGAUAAUGAUGAGCUCGAAGGUGAGGGUGAGGGCGAGGGUGAUGCGGUGGACGUUAAGGCGGAGCGGUUAGAAGGCCUCCAUGCGCCCUCGCGCAAGAACUCUCCUUCCGGUCUGGCACGAGCAUCAACAACGCCCGUUGAGACUCGUCCUCCUCCUGCGGAUGUCGACCUCCCAGCCAUCAUCGCGAGCACCGUCGUCUUUUCUGGUAUCUCCAAGCUCAGUCUACCGGAUCUGGUCAGGCAUAUGCUUGAAUCGCAGGGUCAUUUGAAAGAUCAAGGCGACGAAAAGCAGUGGACGAUCUGGGUCGAAGACGUCUUGGAAGAUAACCCCAUGUUUGGCAAAGUCGAGCGUUCUGGCAAAGACUCUUCUGGCCACCCCCUCCUCCCUCACUACUUUUACAACCCCUCUGCCGACCCCGAUGCUGAACGCGCUGCCAACUUUGGCAAUUUCGCGAGACCGCUCAGAAAGGCGGCGAGGAGUGCGGCCGCUAUUGAUUGGAGGCCUGUUGGUGCUAGAAGGAGAAAAGCUUGGUAG